AGCGGGUGCCGAGCAGGGCGCUACUGCUCACCUUUCUUCUCCGGCCUCGCCCGCGGCGCUGGGUAACGGCGAGAGAAGCAAGAGAGGGAAUAUAUGAAGGAGGAGGUGGAGGAGUGUUCUGAAGAUGAGGCGACUGAAUCGGAAGAAAACCUUGAAUUUGAUGAAAGAAUUGGAUGCUUUUCCAAAGGUCCCUGAAAGCUAUGUGGAGACUUCAGCAAGCGGAGGCACAGUUUCUCUGAUAGCAUUUACAACAAUAGCUUUCCUGACUAUAAUGGAGUUCACAGUAUAUCAGGACACAUGGAUGAAAUAUGAAUAUGAAGUAGACAAGGAUUUUACCAGUAAGUUAAGAAUCAAUAUUGAUAUUACAGUUGCCAUGAGGUGUCAAUAUGUAGGGGCUGAUGUUUUGGAUUUAGCAGAAACAAUGGUUGCCUCUGCAGAUGGGCUGAUCUAUGAACCAGUAGUAUUUGAUCUCAGCCCACAACAAAAAGAAUGGCAAAGGGUGCUGCAGCUAAUUCAGAGUAGGCUGCAGGAAGAACACUCUCUUCAAGACGUGAUCUUCAAAAGUGCUUUUAAAAGUGCUUCUACAGCACUGCCACCACGGGAAGAUAAUUCAUUACAGUCUCCAGAUGCAUGCAGAAUUCAUGGUCAUCUCUAUGUCAAUAAAGUGGCAGGGAAUUUUCACAUAACUGUGGGCAAGGCGAUACCACACCCUCGAGGCCAUGCACAUUUGGCAGCCCUUGUAAGCCAUGAUUCCUAUAACUUCUCUCAUAGAAUAGAUCAUUUGUCAUUUGGAGAGCUUAUUCCAGGAAUUAUUAAUCCUUUGGAUGGAACAGAAAAAAUAGCAUCAGAUCACAACCAAAUGUUUCAAUAUUUUAUCACAGUUGUGCCAACUAAGCUCCAUACAUACAAAAUUUCAGCAGAAACUCAUCAAUUUUCAGUGACAGAAAGGGAAAGAGUAAUUAACCAUGCAGCUGGCAGCCAUGGAGUAUCAGGAAUAUUCAUGAAAUAUGAUAUCAGUUCACUUAUGGUGACAGUGACAGAAGAACACAUGCCUUUUUGGCAGUUCUUAGUGAGGCUCUGUGGCAUUAUUGGGGGAAUAUUUUCAACUACAGGAAUUUUACAUGGCUUUGGAAGAUUUGUAGCAGAAAUUAUAUUUUGCCGUUUCAGAUUGGGCUCUCACAGAUCCACAUCAGUCCCACUUCCUGAUGGCCACACAAGCAACCACUUACCUCUAAUUACAGACAAUAGUAUGCAUUAGCCUCCUGAGAAAACUUUUUCUUCCUGCCUGAUA